AUGGCUGAUUUGGGAGAGAGAAACACGCCCACGCCCAAUCCUCCGGCCUCCCAGGAGGUUGCUCAACAACCAGCUCAACUCCAGCAGCAGCCGCUGGCUUCAAACCAGCCCGCGCCCAGCGUCAACGCUGCCGGGGAAAACCUGCAGUGUCAGUGGCAAGGAUGCGGCGAGCGCUGCCCUUCAGCUGAAGCGCUUUACGAGCAUGUUUGCGAGCGCCAUGUCGGUCGCAAGUCGACGAACAAUCUCAACUUGACCUGCGCCUGGGGCGCUUGUCGCACCACCACGGUGAAACGCGACCACAUUACCUCCCACAUCCGCGUUCACGUGCCGUUGAAACCUCACAAGUGCGAAUUCUGCGGCAAGGCCUUCAAGCGUCCGCAAGACCUGAAGAAACAUGUCAAAACUCACGCCGACGAUAGCGUCAUCAUGCGCUCUCCCAACAUGGAGCCCGGUGGUGGCCAGCGUCAAUCUCAGAACGGCAUGGGACAAGGUGGGCAGUACGGCAACUCAUACUAUGGUCGCAGUCUGACUGGACAAGUGCCUCCAAACUACUAUGCCCCUGCCAUGCCAGGUCCGCAAGAUUACACUGGCCAGCAUCACCCCAAUCAGUAUUACCAGCCGCAUCCCCCGGUCCCGACAGGACAACACCCAGGCUAUGGCCCCGUGACGUACUACAGCACCGCGCCCCAGACCACCUACGACUAUGAGGCCCGCAAGCGCGGCUAUGAUGCUCUCGACCAUUUCUUCGGCCAGGUCAAGCGCCGGGAGGUCGACCCGAUCAAUUUCCACAAUGUCAGCCGCCGUCUAUUUGAGCUCCAAGGCCUACAGCUGCCCCAGAUCAUCCCAGCCGCCAUUCCGACUCCCGCCUAUCAACCGGUUGCGGUCGGUGGUGCCUAUGGGCAAGAAGACCCUAUCCAAGCCUACAGCUUGCCACCCAUGGGUAACGCGAAGACAAGGGAAGAUUUGACAUCUAUCGACCAAAUCCUGGAGCAGAUGCAAGCCACCAUCUACGAAAACGAUGCUCAUCUCACCGCCGGCGUAGCACCCACCGGCUCUGGCUAUGUAACAUAUGCCCGCUCCAGCAACAGUCCCCCCAGCUCUUCCCAUCAGCACCAUCAUCCAUCAACUGCCGCUCACACCAAUUCAGCCUCGUUGCUUCAGCACGGGCACCAAGACAGCAUUGCAAGCGGUGCCACGGAUGCCAGCACACCGGGGCUCACCCCUCCGUCGUCUGCGCAAAGUUACACGUCCGGCCAAAGCCCCCUACCUGGCCACGCCGCACCAACCAGCAGCGCCAUGUACCCAACUUUGCCAGCUAGUGCUAGCGACAUGGCAUACGCCGCUGCCAAUGCCGCGACACUCAGCGGUCUCUACGAGAGCGAUGACCGCCGCCGCUGGGAUGGUGGCCGACUUCAGCGUGCUGCUCCUGGCAAGCUCAAGGACGAAAUGGAUACCGGCAGCGACGGCUCCGUCACUCCUCCGGCCUCUGCCGCCAACAAAGAGGCCAAGGGCAAAAAGAAGGCGUCGCCGCAAGAUAGCGUCAUUGACCCUGCCCUCGCUAGUGCCGAAGGCGCUGAGACCCCUAAGAGCGGUGAAUCCAAAGAUGCUCCCGACCAGACUGAGAUGUGGGUUCAAAAUAUGCGUCUGAUUGAAUGGAUGCGCGAGUUCAUCAAGAAGAAGCUUCAGAGCGGCGACUACGAGGAUGGUGACGCGGCGGGUAAGGACUCGGCCGAGAAGGAAUCUGGCGAGCACGCAGACGCCGAGAUGACUGGCACGGACGAACACAAGGAGAAAUCCGAGGAAGAACAACUUUACCCUGUGCUUCGGCACGUGGAAGAAACGGCCUAA